AAAGCAUCGAACAAAACAUCGUCCGAGGAGGCCACACUGCUAGCCCGGGGCUACAAGCUGCUGAAAAAGCUCGGCGAAGGUUUUUACGCAAAAGUGUAUUUAGCCGAGUAUAGGCCGGAACAUGAGCCGGAGAAGAACAGCACUCUGGCCUGCAAGAUAAUCGACACCGCGAGCGCGCCGAAGGACUUCGUCCGGAAGUUCCUGCCGCGCGAGCUGGACAUCCUCGUGAAGCUGAAUCAUCCGCACGUCGUGCACGUUCACAGCAUCUUCCAGAGGCGCACCAAGUACUUCAUAUUCAUGCGCUUCGCCGAGAACGGCGAUCUUUUUGAUUACAUACUGAAGAACGGCGCGGUGGCGGAGAAUCAAGCUCGCGUGUGGUUCAGGCAGCUCGCUUUAGGUCUUCAGUAUCUACACGAGAUGGAAAUAGCGCAUCGCGACAUCAAGUGCGAGAACGUUCUCGUCACAUCGAACUACAACGUCAAGCUGACGGACUUCGGUUUCGCUCGUUACGUGAUCGACGCACGUGGCAAACGCGUGCUGAGCGACACGUAUUGCGGCUCGCUGUCGUACGCGGCGCCGGAGGUCCUCCGCGGUUACCCGUACAAUCCGAAGAUAUCCGACGUAUGGUCGCUGGGCGUGAUCCUGUACAUACUGCUGAACAAGGCCAUGCCGUUCGACGAGGACAACCUGAAGCGCCUGUACGAGCUGCAGAUAGCGCGCAAGUGGAAAUUCCGCAGCAAAGUGGCGGGCAGUCUGACCGAUCGCGUGAAGAAGCUCAUGGGCAAUCUGCUCGAGCCGAACGUGUCUAAGCGCUGGCGUCUGGACCAGAUCGUGCAGAGCGACUGGAUCGCCAUGGAUCCGCGCCUCCUGGUGCUCACGCCCGCGGAGCAGAUCGCGCUCAACAGCGCGAUCGAGGAGCGCAAGAGAUACGAGGAGAAGUUGACGAGGAAGGAACCGAGACUGCACAAAAUCGAGGAGACAAAACUGAUCGACGAGUACAAAACCCACGAAAUGGAAGAAGAGAUAAUGGUUUUCAAAGACGUCACAAAAGGCGCAGUUUCCACGAUUAUGACAGCUGAUGUAACUUAAAAAUUGGCCCUAUCUGAUCUGUAAUAUAUUCGACUUUUUGCACCUUUAGCCAGUAUUCAUGAUAUUAAACUAGAAAAUAAUUUAA